AUGAGGCCGUUGAGCAUAAAACCAACGUCGAUAGAUUUAGCGAGACAUGCCACAUCAGCAGAAUCAUUCGGGAAUCACCGACCGCCGCAAUCACCGUGGCACUCGCCGGUGCCGUACUUGUUCGGAGGCCUUGCGGCGAUGAUAGGCCUCAUAGCCUUCGCUUUACUCAUCCUCGCUUGCUCCUACUGGCGCAUGUCCACCUCCGGUGAAGAAUCCGGCGAAGGAAACGGCGGAGGAGUUGACGAAGAGAAAGAGAGCCGAUCCGGAGGGAAGGCGGAGAACGCGGCGUAUGAGGAGAAGAUUCUUGUCAUAAUGGCCGGAGAUAACUUGCCUAGGUUUCUGGCGACGCCGGCGGCGAACAAGUGUGUGUGUGGUCACGAGGGUAAAAUGGUAAUUACCGUGGAGGAUGGUGGUGUUGUUGCUGGAGAGGAAGAGAAAGCAAAAGAAAAUGAAGAAACAACGAGUCACUGA